AUGGCGGACGGUGAUAACGUAUCAACUUUCAGCGCCGAUGGCGGCCAAGACACUGUCGGUCUUCCCAGAAUAGUAAUGGUGACCGAAGGCGACGACAAUUCCGCGUCCUCACCCUCAUCCACUUCGUCAUCCGAAGACAACUGGGCGGAUUUAAUCAAAUCCACAGAGAUCCCACCGGAGUACUGGCAUAUACAAAAGCUAGUUAAAUAUAUGAAAGCUGGAAAUCAGACAGCUACCAUGGUCGCUCUGUCGUGUUUAAAAGACCACGACUUGACUGUUGAAGUCAACCAAAGAGCGAUCCAAGAAAUAGGUGGCUUGGAACUACUUGUGAAUCUGCUUGAGACGCGAGAUCUGUGCUGUAUAGUAGGUGGUCUUGCUGUUUUGAGAGAUAUCACGCCAAAUAUGGAAAUCAGGAAAAAGGUAACAGAUCUUGGUGCGAUACCGCUUCUCGUAGGAUUGCUAUCAGACCCAGCAAGAGAUGUGCAGAUAUUAGCUGCAGAGACAAUAGCUAACUUGGGUAAAAUUCGUAAAAGCAGAAAGUUUUGCAGGAAAUUUGGAGGACUGCCUAAACUUAUCGAUUUAUUGGACAUAAAAGAUAAAUAUUUAGUAACACCACGCGAAGAAUUGAAUCAAGACGAACUACAAUUUCUAGACAUUGCAAGAGCUGGUGCAAAGGCUCUGUGGUCUAUGUCGUCCUCGCAAAGGAACAGGGAAGCAAUGAGGAAGUACGGAAUGAUUCCGCUGAUAGCCAGAAUGUUAAAAACGAUCCAUCUCGACGUAGCCGUGCCGGCCGUUGGUUUGUUGCAAAUGUGCGCGAACGAAACUUCCUUCCAGUUGGCUAUUCAGACCGAGAAGAUGGUGAAAGAUCUGAUCAAACACUUGGCUAACGAUGAUAAGGAUUUGAAGACAUACUGCAGCCUGGCAAUUUUCAAAUGCGCAAAUGAUCCCAUAACACGAGAUAUGAUUAGGGAAGCUGGUGCCUUAGAGUAUUUAGUAGAAGCAGCUCAGGAUAGCACGAACAGAGCUAAUAAGCCGUUGUUAGCAGCUGUUACUGGCGCGCUAUGGAAAUGCGCAAACAGUGACGCCAGUGUGAGGAAGUUGGACAAUCUGGGUGCAGUUCCAAUAUUGGUUAGGCUCCUGGAUGAUGAGAACGACGGAGUACUAACGAAUGUGGCCGGCGCUUUAGCUGAGUGUGCUAAAUAUCCACCGAAUCGCGACAAGAUUCGAUCUUCUGGUGGCAUACCUAUGCUGAUACACCAUCUAAACAACACAUACAAGCCGCUACUAGAAAACGUCCCAUUAGUCCUAAUGGAGUGCGCCAAAGAGCAAAACUGCAUGUCAGAAAUCGACGAAUUAGACGGAGUGAGAUUAGUCUGGUCUUUACUGAAGAACGACUCGAAGAAGGUGCAAACGAACGCAGCGUUAGCGCUGAGCCCCUGCGUCCAGAACGCGGCGGAUUCUGGCGAGAUGGUCCGCUCAUUCGUUGGGGCUUUGGAACUGACAGUGGAUCUACUAGACUCGGAUGACCAUAACGUCCUCUCAGCGGUGUGUGCUGCCAUAGCCACGAUUGCAAAAGACAAUGAGAAUCUAGCGGUGAUAUCUGACCACGGCGUGGUUGGGAAACUGUCUAAGUUGGUGAGCACCACAGACGACCACUUACGUGCUAAUUUAGGUGUUGCCAUAGCAUACUGCUGCGAUUGGGCCCAAAAUCGCCAGGAAUUUGGCAAGCGUGGCGCCAUCACACCGCUCGUUAACUACAUGACGUCACGGGACCCGAAUGUCCACAGAUCAACGGCUUUAGCGCUCUACCACCUGUCAUUUUACUCUGUCAACUGUGUCACGAUGCAUGCGGCUGGAGUUGUACAGUUCCUUCUAGAAACUAUAGGAUCCAAAGACCCCAUCUUGCAAGAGGCGUCAGCCGGCUGUCUUUGCAACAUUCGGAAGUUGGCACUUGCGACCGAAAAAGUGAAGCUCAAACAAUAA